AUGCUCAACUCCACUUCCUCAGACUCACUAUAUGCCUCCCUGCUGAAUAACACUGGCUCCACUCUGAUGGGGGAGGCUGUAGCUUUCCCUAAAGACAGCUUCACUAAUGCUCUGACCAAGAAUAUAGUGGCCAUGCUGGUUUGGCUGACCCUCAGCAUUAUCAACAGCACCAUGGUGCAUACCUUCCUCCGACACAGUCUCUUCUAUGAGAACCCGCGGUACAUCAUGUUCAUCUGUAUGGUGAUCAAUGACGCUCUGCAGCUCAGCCUUGUAACAGCUUUAUACGUAGGCAGCUACAUCUUCAGGAAGAUCCACACCUCCGUUUGCUGCCUCCUGAUCAUGACGGCUGUCCUGACCACACGCUCCACUCCUCUGAUCCUGGCUGGCAUGGCAGUGGAGCGCUACAUCGCCAUCUGCUUCCCCCUGCACUAUAGCCAAAUGUGUACCGUCCCUCGCACCCAGCUCCUCAUCUGUGUCAUCCUUAUCCUGACAGCCACCCCUCCAAUCACUGACCUGCUCAUCACUGUUGUCAAAGAGCCUCCCAGUUUCUUCCAGACCUCCAUUUUUUGUGAUCACUCAUUGCUUUUCCGUGACCGCUCCAUUUACUACAAGAACUGUGUGUUUGAUGGGACUUACCUCUCCUUUGUGGCUCUGACAUUGCUUUACACCUACUGUAAGAUCAUGCUGACAGCACGAGCUGCCUCUAUGGGCCUGGCAUCAGUGAAAAGAGCUAGAAACACUGUGUUGCUUCAUGGUGUACAGCUGCUGCUGUGCAUGCUUGCCUUUGUGGUUCCCUCUCUCCAGGCUGCUCUCAUCUCCCUCUUUCCCCGCCUCAGUCUGGAGAUUCGUUACAUCUUCUUCCUGCUCGUCUAUAUCAUACCCCGUUUCCUGAGCCCUGUCAUCUAUGGUUUUCGGGACGAACAGUUCAGGAGAUACUGGAUCCGGUAUCUGACCUGCAGGAGUCGAAGUAUUGUCAGGGUCAGACCGGUGUUGCUAAAAGUGAACUUGGAGACUAAAUAA